AUGAUGGACGUGUUUUUACGAAAAGGUGAAUGGAAUUCUGCUAUUGCAGUUUCUUGGGAACUCUGCCUUCAGGAAUAUUUCAGCUUAGAGAAUGUUAGACCCCUUGUCCUUGCUACUUCACUUUUUUCAUGCAUGAAGUCAAUAGAACAUGAUUCGUACGUGGUCAAAGAAUCUGAACCGGCGGAUGACAAAGAGAUUGAGCAAAAAUUGGUUCCUUAUGUUAGAAACCCAAGCUAUGAUAACUUUUUCGAUAUAAAGCACCCAAAGUUGAAGACUGGUUAUACGCUCUUGCAUUUGUCUCAUGUACUAGACAGUCGAUGCUCACUUUUUCAAACUACCCCAGUAUGGAAUAGCCUAUCUAAAUAUGUGGAUAGUUUUCGUUUAAUGAUGAGAAUUUUUGGACUUGCUCUUUCUGAACAGUGCGACAAAUUAUUAGUUGAACUGAGAAAAAUUGAUGAUUCAGCAAUACAGUUAGGAGGAUUCGAUACUAUUGUGACGGAAAAGUUAAUAAGGAUUGUUGAUACUUGUGAAACCCGAUCCGAUGACUCGUCUCUAAAGCCAGGAGAACCGCAGCUUCCAAGCGUAUCAGAUGUAAAAUCAGUGCAGAAUGAACUUGUGCGUAUUCAGGGUGGAUCACAAUGUACCACACCAAACUUUUUUAAAUUGGCCGAAGAGUUUAUCUUCAAUGGAGUAAUUAAUAACUCAGACUGUAUAAAGCAGGAAUUAGAGGCAGUUUCUGACUUGUAUAGUAAAUUUGAUGAAGAACGCAGAAAAGAAUACACUGAAGCUGUCAAAAUGCAAAAAUCUGAAAAAGUUGUUAAAAAACCAAAGAAAAGCUAA